ACUGUGAUGCCCCACUGGCCUCUGCCUUGCCUAGGUCAUCCUUCAGCAGCUCCUCAGAGCUGUCCAGCAGCCACGGCCCUGGGUUUUCGAGGCUCAAUCGAAGAGAUGGAGCUGGUGGCUGGACCCCACUUGUGUCAAAUAAAUACCAAUGGCUGCAAAUUGACCUUGGAGAGAGAAUGGAGGUCACUGCCGUGGCCACCCAAGGAGGAUAUGGGAGCUCUGACUGGGUGACCAGCUACCUCCUGAUGUUCAGUGAUGCUGGGAGAAACUGGAAGCAGUAUCGCCGAGAAGAAAGCAUCUGGGGUUUUCCAGGAAACACAAACGCAGACAGUGUGGUGCACUACAGACUCCAGCCUCCCUUUGAAGCCAGGUUCCUGCGCUUUCUCCCUUUAGCCUGGAACCCCAGGGGUAGGAUUGGGAUGCGGAUCGAAGUGUACGGAUGUGCAUAUAAAUCCGAGGUGGUUUAUUUUGAUGGACAAAGUGCUCUGCUGUACAAACUUGAUAAAAAACCUUUAAAACCAGUAAGGGACAUUAUUUCUUUGAAAUUUAAAGCCAUACAGAGCAAUGGAAUUCUACUUCACAGAGAAGGACAACAUGGAAAUCACAUUACUCUGGAAUUAAUUAAAGGAAAACUUGUCUUUUUUCUUAAUUCAGGCAAUGCUAAGGUGCCUACCACUAUUGCUCCUGUGACCCUCACCCUGGGCAGCCUGCUGGACGACCAGCACUGGCAUUCUGUCCUCAUUGAGCUCCUCGACACGCAGGUCAACUUCACCGUGGACAAACACACUCAUCAUUUCCAAGCAAAGGGAGAAUCCAGUUACUUGGAUCUUAAUUUUGAGAUCAGCUUUGGGGGAGUUCCGACACCUGGAAGAGCACGGGCAUUCACACGUAAAAGCUUUCAUGGCUGUUUAGAAAAUCUGUAUUAUAAUGGAGUGGAUGUUACCGAAUUAGCCAAGAAAAACAAACCACAGAUCCUCAUGAUGGGAAAUGUGUCCUUCUCAUGUCCACAGCCACAGACUGUCCCUGUGACUUUUCUGAGCUCCAGGAGUUAUCUGGCUCUGCCGGGCAACUCUGGGGAGGACAAAGUGUCUGUCACUUUCCAAUUUCGAAGGUGGAACAGAGCAGGACAUUUGCUUUUCGGCGAACUUCAACGUGGUUCAGGGAGUUUCGUCCUCUUUCUUAAGGAUGGCAAGCUCAAACUGAGUCUCUUCCAGCCGGGACAGUCAAGGAAUGUCACAGCAGGUGCUGGAUUAAACGAUGGGCAGUGGCACUCUGUGUCCUUAUCUGCUAAGUGGAGCCAUAUGAAUGUGGUGGUGGACGAUGACACCGCUGUUCAGCCUCUGGUGGCUGUGCUCAUUGAUUCAGGUGACACCUAUUAUUUUGGAGGCUGCCUGGACAACAGCUCUGGCUCUGGAUGUAAAAGUCCGGUGGGAGGGUUUCAGGGCUGCCUGAGGCUCAUCACCAUUGGUGACAAAGCGGUGGAUCCCAUCUCAGUACAGCAGGGGGCGCUGGGGAGGUUCAGGGACCUCCAGAUAGACUCCUGCGGCAUCACAGACAGGUGCUUGCCCAGCUACUGUGAGCAUGGGGGCGCGUGUUCCCAGUCGUGGGACACCUUCUCCUGUGACUGUCUGGGCACAGGCUACACGGGCGAGACCUGUCAUUCCUCUCUCUACGAGCAGUCUUGUGAGGCCCACAAGCACCGAGGGAACCCGUCUGGGCUUUACUAUAUUGAUGCAGAUGGAAGUGGCCCCCUGGGACCAUUUCUUGUGUACUGCAAUAUGACAGCAGACGCCGCGUGGACCGUGGUGCGGCACGGCGGCCCCGACGCGGUGACCGUCCGAGGUGCCCCCAGCGGGCGCCCGCGCUCGGCUGUGUCCUUCGCGUACGCGGCGGGCGCGGGGCAGCUGCGGGCCGCGGUGAGCCUGGCGGAGCACUGCGAGCAGCGGCUGGCUCUGCGCUGCGGGACCGCGCGGCGCCCGGACUCACGAGAUGGAACCCCACUGAGCUGGUGGGUUGGAAGAACCAAUGAAACACACACUUACUGGGGAGGUUCUCUGCCUGAUGCUCAAAAGUGUACUUGUGGAUUAGAGGGGAACUGCAUUGAUUCUCAGUAUUACUGCAACUGUGAUGCUGGCCGGAAUGAAUGGGCCAGUGACACAAUAGUCCUUUCCCAAAAGGAGCACCUGCCAGUCACUCAGAUUGUGAUGAUGGACGCAGGCCAACCGCAUUCCGAAGCAGCUUAUACACUGGGGCCGCUGCUCUGCCACGGAGACAAGUCAUUUUGGAAUUCAGCUUCCUUCAACACUGAGACUUCAUACCUUCAUUUCCCUGCUUUCCACGGAGAACUCACUGCUGACGUGUGUUUCUUUUUUAAGACCACAGUUUCCUCCGGGGUGUUUAUGGAGAACCUGGGAAUCACAGACUUCAUCAGGAUUGAGCUGCGGGCUCCCACAGAAGUGACCUUUUCCUUUGAUGUGGGGAAUGGACCUUGUGAGGUCACGGUGCAGUCACCCACUCCCUUUAAUGACAAUCGGUGGCACCACGUGAGGGCAGAGAGAAAUGUUAAAGGAGCGUCUCUUCAAGUCGAUCAGCUUCCUCAGAAGAUGCAGCCUGCCCCUGCUGAUGGGCACGUUCGUUUACAGCUCAACAGCCAGCUCUUCAUUGGUGGAACGGCCGCCAGACAGAGAGGCUUUCUAGGAUGCAUUCGGUCUCUGCAGUUGAACGGGGUGGCCCUGGACCUGGAAGAAAGAGCCACAGUGACGCCAGGAGUGGAGCCUGGGUGUGCAGGACACUGCAGCACCUAUGGACACUUGUGUCGCAAUGGAGGGAGAUGCAGAGAGAAACGCAGAGGGGUCGCCUGUGACUGUGCCUUCUCGGCAUAUGAUGGGCCGUUCUGCUCCAAUGAGAUUUCCGCAUAUUUUCAAACUGGCUCCUCAAUGACAUAUCAUUUUCAAGAACAUUACACUUUAAGUGAAAACUCCAGCUCCCUCGUUUCUUCGUUACACAGAGAUGUAACAUUGACCAGAGAAAUGAUCACGCUGAGCUUCCGAACCACACAAACUCCGAGCUUAUUGCUGUAUGUGAGCUCUUUCUAUGAGGAAUACCUUUCAGUUAUCCUCGCCAACAAUGGAAGUUUGCAGAUUAGGUACAAGCUAGAUAGACAUCAAAAUCCUGAUGCAUUUGCCUUUGAUUUUAAAAACAUGGCUGAUGGGCAACUUCACCAAGUGAAAAUUAACAGAGAAGACGCAGUGGUCGUGGUAGAGGUUAACCAGAGUGCAAAGAAACAAGUCAUCUUGUCCUCAGGGACAGAAUUCAACGCCGUCAAAUCUCUCAUAUUGGGAAAGGUUUUAGAGGCCGCCGGCGCGGACCCGGACACACGGCGGGCAGCGGCGAGUGGCUUCACUGGCUGCCUCUCCGCGGUGCGCUUUGGCCGCGCUGCUCCCCUGAAGGCGGCGCUGCGCCCCGGCGGCCCCUCCCGGGUCACCGUGCGCGGCCACGUGGCCCCAGUGACCCGCUGCGCGGCGGGGGCAGCGUCCGGCUCCCCGGCUCGGGAACUGGCUCCCCGACUCGCAGGGGGCGCAGGUCGUUCUGGACCAGCGGAUGAGGGAGAGCCCUUGGUUAAUGCGGACAGAAGAGACUCUGCGGUCAUCGGAGGCGUGAUAGCAGUUGUGAUAUUUAUUUUGCUUUGCAUCACUGCCAUAGCCAUACGCAUCUAUCAACAGAGAAAGUUACGCAAAGAAAAUGAGUCAAAAGUCUCAAAAAAAGAAGAGUGCUGAGACAGCUCUAAACAGCGAGCUCUGUGUGCAAAACACAGUCCAUGAAGGCCAGAAAGAGUGAGUCUUCUGAUUGGCAGCUGUGGCUGUCUCUGUCACCGCGACUGCGGACUUGCCUGCUGUUGCCAUCAGGGUGCACACAGUGGGUGCAGUGCUAUCACCUGGCUGAAGACCUGCAGCCUCAGAGCCUCUGGGAGGCCCCUUUCUCCCUCCGUGAAACACAGUCCUCCGUCAAUUUCCGAACGGUGAAUUAGGUGUGGCCAUUCAUCACUGUUCAGUAGCUUCCCCAUUCAAAGACUCUUCUAAAACUGCAGUUUGAUCUGUGUUAAUAAUUGUGGGGUUUUAGAUGAGAAAAUGAUGAUAAAGCUGUGACCCUACUUUAUUUUUUAAAAAUGACAGAACUUUUGUUCAGAUGUAAAAGACAAAAUUGUACUUUGUUAAUGUAAAAUGCAUUUGUAAAAUGCUUUUUGUUACUUGAAAACAUAUCUGGGAUCCCUUUUUUUGGUCCUCUGCUGAUGUUUAUAAAACAGGAAAUGCUUCUUAGUUUACCUUCACUGGCUUUUCCAUAGUCCUGGAAUCCAGAGCCAAGUGGCCUACCCAAAAUUUACAGCCCUUUUCUUCCCCCAUAUGAUGGUUAAUACAACACAGUAGAAGCCUGGAAAUACCACCAUUAUUUUUGGUGUAUUGCUUUUUCUAAUUGACUGUUUUUAAUCAUUUUGAUAAAUUUUAAUGUUGAAAUUAAUAUUGAAUGUUAGCUAUGAAAUUUUAGUAUUGAAUUUUGUAAUGGAACAGAAAAUUGGUAGGUAACAAGAUGCAAGAGGAUGUCAAUACAAGAUUGUCUGCCUAUUUUUCUUUGUAAUUUGUAAUUACAGUUUUUGUAAAUUGUGAUUAUGUUUUUAACUAAAUUUACAACCAGAUAUAAACACUACUUCUUACACAGAGUUAUCCUUUAUUUGUGUCAUUAAUACCUGAAUGAAACAUCAUCCUAAACUUAUUUCCCCAAAAUAUUGAGAAGUCAUAGCUGUUUUUCUCUAUCAUUCAUUUCUCUUUUUCUAAAAGUUGUUACUGAUACGCCUUUAAUUUCCUGUGACUCUAUUAUGUUGUACAGAACAUCUUUUCAAUUUAUUUAAAAAAAAUAGCUUAACUGAAGAUCACUAAUUCCUUUUCUAAAUUUUGAACUGCUCUAGGUAUAAAUAUCAUUGUGUAUUAUCAUCUCAUCUAAUCACUUUUGGAAUGUAAACUGAAAGCUGUUCACUCCAAGAAAAGUUAGCAUUUAUAUGAUGCCUAUUAAAUCUGCCAUUCUGAUCACAGGUUUAUGACCAUGGGGCCAAAUUUCCAUAGAUUACCCAAAGUUGAAUAUAUGCUAUUAACUGGAACAUGUCUCAUUAAGGUUUACAUACACACUAAGACAGCAAAGGAUUGGAAUUAACGUUAUGGAGACAGUUCCAAGGACUAAUAUUGAAGCAGUGGUUAUUUGAUAAUGCAUGGAACCACCAUUUGGAUUCAAUAAACCAAUUAUAUAAAAGCAGUGAUGCUACGGUCUUCAUAUUCCACAUACCACCUGCCUACCAGGGACUAAUGAGAUGGUAUAUUUCUUCCACAUCAGGGCAAGUUGAAAAUAUACUGAUUCAGCAUUACUAUAACAUAAAUGAAUUUCCAUCUUCUCAUUUGUGUUGUUUUUGAAAGAAUGAAUACACUCUCUGUCUUAAAUCUGCUCUUAACAAAUGAUCUCUUCUCAGAAUACUACAUCUGUAUUGAAAGUACAGACAGCCCAUUGCUCACUGCACUUUUUGCAAGACAGCAAAACGAAUGCAUCAAAUUAUAUUGAUACAUCAUCACCAUCAAUCUUUUGUACUGAUUUUCAGACUUAAUCUUAUUUGAAAGUAAACUCAUUUUUAAAUAAAAUAAAAAAUAUUUUAGGGAAUGCUCUAUAAAAUUAAAAUUACAAAAUUAUAUGCUUUUUAAAUUUAUGCAAAAAUGUGCAGACAAAUGUAUUCUGUAUUGGUUUAUGCAUUACUUUACCCUUGUAUAUUUUGAGAUUAUUAAGAUUUGUUGACCUUUUUUGAUUUGAUAUUUAUCAUCUGUUAAACUUUUUAUUUUAAAUUAUUAAACGCGAAGUGCAAGAAAAAGAGAUAAAUAUUUACUGAUUGCUAGAUGUAAAAAUAUCUCUGAAUGUAUAUAUUUAAACUUCUGCCAGAGAGCAACCAUCUAACAGUCAACUUACUAAAAUCUAAAGUACUUUU